CUCAGUCAGGCAGCAGAGAAAAAGAGAAGAGACGAUCUCCCAUCUGCAGUCUGGAAACGACUAGGACAGAGGAUACUGAGGAACAGCCAUGAAAAGUUCUUUUGAACUAAUACUUCUCCUUGCUGCUCUCUGCUGCUGUCUAACGAACAAAGUGGAGCUGCGUCGCACAAAGCGAGGGACUCGAUUUUACAGAGGUGAGCCUGACAGGCAGUCACCCAGACGGACCAUUUUGAUUUUUCAUGUCGAGAAGUCUACACCUUCCUCCCUUCUGUGUGUGGAUAGUGAGACGUCCGCGGUGCGUAGUUUUGGGGACACUUGGCUGCGAUGGAAGGGACAGCGUGUGGAGUAUUGCCGUUGUGCGUUGAAAGGACGCGAGCUUUGUCAUGUUGUGCCCGUUAUCAACUGCUACGUGUCUCAGUGCUACAAUGGAGGAACCUGUAAGGAGGCCGUGUACACGUCAGACUACAUCUGCCAGUGUCCCCCGGGCUUCAAGGGGGCUCGCUGUGAGAUCAACACCAACGAUAAGUGUGCUGUGGGCCAUGGGGAAGGUUACCGCGGCACGCUGAGUGUCAGCCAGUCGGGAGCUGAAUGCAUCAACUGGAAUUCCACCUCUCUGAGAGGAAAGAGGUUCACAGCGAGGAAAAUCGAUGCCAGCAGUCUCGGACUGGGCAACCAUAACUUCUGCAGGAACCCUGACCAGGAUAGCUCCCCGUGGUGUUACAUCUACAGAGGAAGUCAGAUCGCUUGGGAAUUCUGUUCCAUGCCAAAAUGUUCUGAAGAUAGGAGCAGAGAGUGUGUGCUGGGUUCGGGUAAAUCCUACAGGGGCACAGCGUCCGUCACUAAGAGCGGCUCCCGCUGCCUCCCCUGGGACUCCAACGCCGUCAGGCGCAAGUUCAACAACGCUUGGAGAUCGGACGCCUUAGAGCUGGGCUUGAGCAACCACAACUUCUGCAGGAAUCCAGACGGCGACGCUGGCCCGUGGUGUCAUACUUACAAAAACAUGGUGCUGACAUGGGAGCUGUGCGACAUCCCCAAGUGCUCAAAACGUCCAUCUGUCAUCACCACGCUUGGCCCUCGUGCUCCGACCACUAAUAACAACAACAGAGCCUCGUGUGGUCAGCGGUUGGACAACUCUCUGAGUCGGCCGUCGUUCCGCAUUUUUGGCGGCAGGGGGAGUGACAUCAGCGAGCAGCCGUGGCAGGCCGCCAUCAACGUUUACCAGCGCCGCCACCGGAAGUACUUCCACCGCUGUGGGGGGGUGCUCAUCGACUCCUGCUGGGUCCUGUCCGCGGCUCACUGCUUUGAAAUCAAUGAUAAACCAGAAAAAUUGCAGGUGAUUUUGGGAAGAACGUUUCGAAAGAGGAACUCCAGCAGCGAGCAGAUCUUUAAGGUGGAGAAGUACUGGAUCCACGAGAAGUUUGACAAUGAAACAUUUGACAAUGACAUUGCUAUUUUGAAGCUGAAGACGGACAUUGGCAUGUGUGCCGUAAACUCUCCAGAGGUUCUUCCAGCGUGUCUGCCCGAGCGUGGGCUGGUGCUGCCCGACUGGACCGAGUGUGAGAUCUCAGGCUACGGGAGGGAGGAAGAGUUUUCGGCCGAGUACUCGGAGCGGGUGAAACGAGGAUACGUCCGCCUGUGGCCCAACGAGCGCUGCGUUCCAAAAGUGCUGUCUGGGCGCACAGUGACCUCGAACAUGCUGUGUGCGGGGGACACCCGGGGCCUCGACGAUGCCUGCAAGGGGGACUCUGGUGGCCCGCUGGUCUGCAGAAACAAUGACAGGAUGACCCUGAUGGGUGUGAUCAGCUGGGGGGACGGGUGCGGGCAGAGGGACAAACCGGGCGUGUACACGCGCGUCACCCAGUACAUCGACUGGAUCGACAGCAAAAUGAAAGCGAGCUCGGUCUAAAGCGAGGACUGCAACGUUGUUGGAAGGGUGAACAUCAGUGUUUACCGAUUUAGGAAAUGAAGGAAUCCGCAGUGCUUUGAUUGUUGUGAGAGCUAGUUUAUCUGGGGAUCACAUUCCCAACAGAGAGAGGUUAAAGGUCAGAGGGACGGAGCUCCACAAGAAGGAGCUCAUUUAUGGCUUUGUGUUCUUGGUGUGGCUCCCUGUUCUCGUGGUCUCUGUGCCUCAUUAUGCUGAAUGUAACAGUGUACAAAGACAGAAACAGAGAGGGGCUUUUUCUCCUUGUGGUUCCUACUUUGAAUCCAAUGAUAUUUCUAGCAUUUUACUGAUUUAAAAGGCUUGUCUUUUCAGUUUUGCCUUCAGCAAACCAAUGGCAUAGGCAGUUGAUAAGACCAUCAGGAGACAAUUUCUUUCUUUUCUCUUUUAUAGUGUCUUUAGAAAAGAAGUUACAGUUGUAAACAUUAUAUCAGCUGCACUUUCUUGCCGGGAGGCAUUUAUUUUGCACAGUACCGUGAACUGCAUCAGGAUUUUCUUUUUUACUACUUAAAAGGGCAUUUAAAAAAAAGUUUGGGUCAAGAUCAAGGGUAGACAUAAGUUUAUUGGUGCUUGAUGGUUUUAUUUCAAGAUGCUAUUUGCUCCAGACCUGCAGUGAAACCACAUUAAUUAUCUGCUGGUUCAGAUUCAUUUUUUCAUUCAUUUUUGUGAUUGUAAUCCCUUUGCACACCCUGACAGAUAAUAGAUAAACAUACAGGAAACAAGAGAUCCUUACUCCAUUUGACAAUCCUGUUUCUUUUAACAUUUAGUCAGAGGAUGUGUAAAUUGUUACUCAUUCUCAAUAUUUUUGCAACGUAGCACUUCUCCACCAGACGCCUGGGUUGAUCCCGGCUUGUAGGAUACAUGUAUAUUUCUCAUUAUUGAUUUUUUUUAUUGAGGUUUUAAUAUUAUAAAUACUACCUGACUGCAAAGCUGAUAUCCUUAAAAUUGCUUUGUUCUGUGAUCGACUCUAAAGGGAAGCUUGCCUUUCAGAUCUUUUGUAGUACAUUUUUUAUAUUUAUGUGCAUUUUACACUGUUUUGUAGAAACUUUAACAUGUUAAUCUACAUGUGUGCUGUAGACUAAUAAUUUAUUGUCAUGGUCAAUGUUAUUAUAACCACAUUUUUCAAUAUACUCCUAUGUUAAUAAAAAUAUUUGUAGGA